AAGAAUUUGGAAGGGAAAGCCUUGUUCAUGAAACAUUAAUUCAGCUGCUCAUUAGACCUUUUGUUAAACUUUCUCACACAAAACAAAGAUGAUUCUGGAAGUUAUUUCAACGUUGGCCCUUGGAGUUGUUGUAGCUGUUAUCAUUGAUUACGUCAUUAUUCUGACUAAGCUCAAGCGGUACCCGCCAGGCCCAUUCCCCUUACCACUCAUUGGCAAUCUCCAUCUACUGCACAACCAACCAAUGAAAGCAUUCAAGCGUCUUGCAAAGGAUUAUGGGGGUGUCAUGAGCUUCAGCUUUGGCCGAGAACGCAUUGUGAUUAUCCAGGACAUAGAUAGCGCCAGGGAGGCGCUGUUAACAAAUGGUGUACAGUUUGCAGGAAGGCCACAGGACAACUUCGUAACAGGGAUAGUCACAAAAGGAUUCCAGGAUAUUGUUUUUGCUGACUAUGGCCCACGGCUGAACGCGAUGCGCAAAAUCGCCCAUGGUGCUCUAAAGAUGUAUGGAGAAGGACUAUCCAAGCUGGGCGACAGCGUAUCAGUUGAAAUAGAAAAGUUGUUUGAGAGAUUUGACGAAAAGAAUGGUCAGGAAUUUGACCCGGCAGCAGACCUGGGCCUUUCCGUGACAAAUAUCAUUUGUGCCAUCCUUUUUGGCAAACGUUACAAGCUCGAUGAUGGGGAAUUUAAAGAGGUUUUGUAUUUCUCCUAUCUUAUUGGCAAGUUUGACGUUACGGCUGCAGUUAAUUUCAUUUCAUGGCUCAGAUACCUACCAAACCAGCCACUGUCGGAUCUUAAACGAGGCAUUUUAAAAAGGGAUGCCUUUCUGGACGCCAAGCUUCAAGAACACAGGGAAACCUUGGAUGUGAAUAACCCACGUGACUUUACUGACCUUGUACUGUAUAUGCAGGACCUCGAGAGAACAGAAGGAAGCUCAACAGCCAACGUGAGUGAUGUCAACCUCGAACAGAUUAUGAGUGAUUUGUUUCUUGCGGGAGUCGAAACAACAACAACGACUCUGCGAUGGAGCCUCCUUUACUUAGCAGCCUGGCCUGAGAUUCAGAUGAGAAUUGCGGAGGAGAGGAAAGAAAGACUUGGGACAAGGCGGCCAUGCCUUAAACACCGUGGGAAUCUUCCUUAUUUCGAAGCAGUUGUCCACGAGAUAAUGCGCAUGUCGAGUGUUGUGCCAUUAGGAGUGCCCCAUAAAACAAUGUCGGACACGAUAUGCAAAGGGCAGGAGAUCCCUGCGGGGACGCAAAUUUGGUUCAACAUAUGGGCAAUGCACAAUGAUGAGAAUCAGUGGAAGGAACCGGAUUCUUUUAGACCGGAAAGAUUUCUUGAUGAAACCGGGAACCUGAUUAUCGGUGCAAAGAAAAGCUACCUGCCUUUUGGAGCCGGAAGAAGGGUAUGCCUUGGGGAGGCCUUGGCGAAAAUGGAGUUGUUCAUGUUUUUAUCAAGUAUUCUAUAUCGAUACGUCGUAAUUAAAGGUGAGGGGGAAUCCUCAGAUUUGGAGGGAAUCGUCGGGGUUGUUAAUAUACCAAAACCAUUCAAAGUCAAGUUAGCCUUGCGCAGCGAAGCCACACGAUGAGGAGGAGCUCAAUCACGUAUGACAAUAGGCGUGCACUAAUCACCUGUGAGUAACAAUGAGAAUCAUCGAUAAUUUAGAUAAAUAGUUUAGUGUGUUUUAUUUUUUAAUGCCUCUCUA